UGGUUUCCUGGGAAGAAACUUGAAAGCCGCGUGCGUAAACCUGCGCGUCUGGAAACGUCGCCUGUGGACGCGCACGGACGGAGGAGGGUCACCUGCCGGACCUUGGAGGAUCUUCGGGUCCAGUUUUCGUCAUGGACCCCCUUCAACUGACGGUGAUGAUGAUGGCGGUCCUGAUGAAGGAGAGCGGGGCCGCCGCGAGGCCGCAGACAUCCAGCUGCAGCAGCAGAGGGAUGGAGACUUUUGCUGAUGGAGGAAGGAGAUUCAGACGUUAUGCCGUCAACCCUCUGGGGCACAAAUGGACUCACCACAACAUUACAUACAGGAUCAUCAAGUUUCCCAACACUCUGAACAUGGAGGACACCAGGAAGGCCAUCGGCAUCGCCUUCACCAAGUGGAGCGAUGUGUCGCCACUGACCUUCUCUGAGGUUACCGAUGGCAACAGCACCACCGACAUCACCAUCGGUUUCUACACCUUCAACCACACCGACUGCUGGUGGUCUCCUCUCCACCCCUGCUUCGACGGGCUGAAUGGUGAGCUGGCUCACGCCUUCCUGCCGCCACGAGGAGAAAUCCACUUCGACAACCAUGAGUUCUGGAUCCUCGGCAAGUCCAGGUUCAGCUGGAAACAAGGAGUCUGGCUGAACGACCUGGUUCAGGUGGCAGCUCAUGAGAUCGGCCAUGCUCUGGGUCUGUGGCACUCUAGAGACCCUGAAGCGCUGAUGCAUCCUAACGCCACCUACACGGGACAGAGGAACAUCGCUCAGGACGACGUCUGGGGCAUCCAGAGACUCUAUGGAUGUCUGGAUAAGAAGCGGGUCUGUGAUCCCUGGGCUCGACUCGGCUUCUGUGAGCGGAGGAAGACCUUCAUGAGGAAGAACUGUCCUCAGCGCUGUGAUUUCUGCUUCGAGCCUCUGGAGGUGGUUGCCACGCCAACACCACCUCCAGCCAACGUCAAGAUCAAGUUGGUUCCUCGCGGGAAAGUGGUGGGUUUCCGCUGUGGAACCAAGAAGCCCCGCCACCCCCCUAAAGUAAGCUGGUACAAAGACGGUGAGCAGAUCCUGUCCUCCAUCCCUGGCUACAUCGUGAUGAAGGACAGAGACCUCCGUAUUGUGGCGAACGAGUUCAACGAGGGCGUCUACACCUGCCGUGUCCACCGGCGAGGCCUCAUCGUUUCCGCCAACUCCUGGGCCAUUCGGCUGAAACCGGAGACGCUAUCCAACAGCUGAGCUUGUCCACAGGGACCAUGUGGUGAACACCAAGGACAGGAUGGCCAUUUUGACAUUUGAGAACAGAGAGCAAGACAAUCUGAUCAGCUCAGAAGGUUAGCUGAUCAACAAUCAAUAAGUCCAUCCUCUCCUUCAGAAAGGUCUCAUCAAGAAACAGACGGGGACUCUGAUGGAGGACCAGCAUGGUGUUCACCUGAAGGGACACCACCUACCCGUCUCCUGC